GAUAGAGAGCGCUAAAGGCUUGACCGGAAAUGAAUGUAAACAAACUACCUGCUUGUUCCUCGUUUGUUGGUCAUUGGGAAACGGUAUGCAGUGUGUGGUAGAGGAGAAACCAAACAAAAGAAGGGUCUGAUGUCAUGUUUCAACAGUGUUGAAUAUGACAUUAAUGCCAGGAGUCCAGGGUCUGCUAGGCCUUCACAGAACCCUUGUACCAGCUUUUCGCCGCUUUGUCUUAUCUCCCGCCCAGCAGACAUCUGUCGGUCUUCCCAGGGGGCUUUGCACCGUCACUGCACCCCUCAGCGACUCAAAGCCUUCAGUGGGGCCUGAGAAUGAGUCCUUGCUGGAGAGCUUGACCUUCAUGGGGGUGGACGUGAAAAUGGUGCGCCAGCGCCAACCGGGAGUGCUUCGCAAGAUCAUCACCAAUGAGCAAGGUCUGGCUCACUUUCUCCAUGGCAAAGGCGCCAGCCGCAAAGUGGUGGCCGGCAUCAUCUCCCGGUACCCACGAGCCAUCACUCGCUCGGGAAAGCACUUAGAGCAACGCUGGGCGAUGUGGCGGAGUGUCUUCAAGAGCGACAGCGAAAUCGUCAGCAUUCUGGACCGCUCGCCCGAGUCCUUCUUCCGUUCGAGCGACAACGACAACCUGGAGAAGAACAUCGUGUUCCUGGGCUCGCUGGGCCUCAACGCCAAGGACCUCCACCGCCUGCUGACCACGGCGCCACGGACCUUCUCCAACAGUGUCGAGCUCAACCGUCAGAUGGUGGAGUUCCUGGAAGAUGUGUGCGCCGUUGGUGGAGAAGACCCUGGGCAGUUCGCCAAGAUAGUGAUUUCCCGAAACCUCUAUAUCCUCAUCCGCAGCACCAAGAGGGUGAAGGCAAACAUUGACUUCCUCAAGGUGACUUUCAAGAUGAGUGAUCCGGAGCUGCUAGCUCUGCUGCAGGGUGCUGGGGCAGAAAUCCUGGACCUCUCUAACGAGUACCUGAAGAGAAACCUCAAGAUGCUUCAGGAGAAGCUGGCGUCUCUCGGCUGUCGGAAAGUCGACGUCAAGAAACUGAUCGUCUGCUACCCCACUGUGCUGUUCAUCGGGUCGGAUACGCUGAGUUCAAAACUGGACUGUCUAUUAAAGGGAGGGAUCACUAUGAGGCAGAUACUGGAGAAACCUAAAGUCCUGGAGUACAGCACGCAGAACAUCACAGGGCGACUGGAGGAGCUGCAUAAACUCCGGUUUGACUUUGAAAAGAACGGCAUCAACAUUCUGGACUCUAGCCGAAAACGUUUCGACGCCAAGUUGGAAAGACUGGCUCUCUCGACAGAGGAAUGAGUUGUAUCGACAUUUGGGUUAUGCUUAGAAUGAAUCAGACAUUUUUUUGCACUAGAUUUUUUCAUUGCUGCCUGAAGCAUAACCUCUACAUAUCACUGUCCUCCUCCUAAACUAUAGGAUUUGAUUGUGCAUAGCUAUAAUAAGCAAGGUAUACAUACGGUAGGUAAAAACAAGUCAAUGAUAAAGAGAAUCAUGUCAGUAUCAGGAAACAUUUAUUUUAAUUUGAACCAAAAAGAGUAUGUAAAGUAGUGUCAUUAUAUUUGAACUAUGAUUUAGAUUUUUACGUAAGCUAACAAACUGUGUAUUGUAAUACUGUGUCAAUGUAUUUCUCAUGAUUGAUUCUGAGGCACCUUAUUGAACUUACCAAUGGUUUUACAGAACUGUAAACUACCAAGAGGCAUCAGUACACUGUUUUCACUGACAGAUUCUCAAACUUCUUUUUUGCCAGAUGAGCUGUCUGAUGAGAAAUCAGCCAAACUCCUUUCUUCCUAGCUUACUGUGCAUUCGGAAAGUGUUCAGACUCCUAGACUUUUUACACAUUUUGUUACGUUACAGCCUUAUUCUAAAAUUGAUUAAAUGAAUACAAAUCCUCAUCGAUCUACACACAAUAGCCAAUAAUGAC